CAAAAAUUAUGUCAUUGAGUCUCCUUAUGAUCAGAAGUUUCGGUUACACGGUUAAAAGUGUGAGUGAAAAGAUGAAGUUGUAAUAUAUAUUUGUAAUAAAUUAUUAUUUGGAAGUAAGAAGUGGGUACCUACACUCUUAUUUAGUUAAAUGUGUGUGACCAAUAUCAAAUUCCGUGAAGAUGCUGAAGUAAAUCAAUAUUUAAUAGAUCACGACGUCGAAUUUAAAUCCAAUUCUCAAUCCAAUGGCAAAAAAUGCCAUUGUUCUCUGUUAGAGCUAAUUACCUAAUUGUGUUUAACGGCAUUGAACAGAUAUUGCUUUUUUUUGCAAGGCGAUUAUAAUAUGCUACUUGUGAUACGAAAAUUAAGUCCGUGACAGCAAUUUGGUAAUAUUAAUUAAAGCGUUUUAUGAUUCUGUUUACUUGGUAUUAUCAAUUUAAAUAUUAAAAUCCAAUCAUAUCUAAAUACUUCAUAUUUCAAAUGCGAGUGGAAGCAAUCAAUUCAUUGUCAGACAACUGUAGAUAUUAAAUAAAUUAAAUUAUCUUUAUCAAGAGGUCGAAGUGGAAUAACACAGUUUAAGCAGUUGUCUAGAUUGCAUUUAAUAUGAAGCACUUGAUUAUCCUUUUACUUUUAUUUGCUACUGCGGUUCAAGGCGAAGAAUAUGGAUUCGUUACUAAAUACAUUGAUAUGCCAUUGGACCAUUUCAGUUUUACCACAAAUACCACAUUUAAGUUGAGAUACCUGGUAAAUGACUCGUACUUUAGCAAUGACCAGCCAAUAUUCUUUUACACCGGCAAUGAGGGUGAUAUUUCUAUGUUCGCACAAAACACCGGAUUUCUGUUCGAAUUGGCUGAAAAAAUGGGAGCUCUUAUAAUAUUUGCGGAACACAGGUUUUAUGGAGAAACUUUGCCUUUUGGAAAUGAAUCGUACUCUUCUCCCAAAACCUUGGGUUAUUUGAGCUCUCAGCAAGCUUUGGCUGACUAUGUUUAUCUGAUAGAUAAUCUUCAAAAGAAAUAUGUUAACGAGUUGAGCUCUCUUCGAAAGCUUCCAGUUAUAUCCUUUGGUGGCUCUUACGGUGGAAUGUUGGCCGCUUGGUUAAGAAUAAAAUACCCAUAUAGUGUUUUGGGAGCUAUAGCUAGUUCGGCUCCUAUUUGGCAAUUUCAGGGUAUCACUCCUUGUCAAAACUUUAACAAAAUUGUCACUGAUGUAAUAGGAGCUUUAGGAUCAGCUACUUGUGUCGAAACCAUCAAGAAAUCAUGGAGUAUUUUCAGGAAAAUAGCGAGCACGGAUAUAGGAAAACAAAAUAUCUCGAAAACCUUUGACCUAUGCACUUCAUUGAAAUCUGAUGAUGAUCUCAACACAUUUUUAAAUUGGCUCUCAGAAAUGUAUACAAUGAUAGUCGAAGUCAACUACCCUUAUCCCAAUAGUUUCUUAGUGCCACUACCGGGAAAUCCUGUGAGAGAGUUUUGUAGUCGAAUGGAUAGUGUAAAUUAUAAUAAUGAUGAUGGGUUGAUCAAAGCUUUAUCAACUGGUGUGCAGCUCUUCACAAAUUAUACUGGAACCACGAAAUGCAAUAAUAUUGGACAAACUGCUUCUCCAAGUUUAGGAGAGCUUGGCUGGGAUUUCCAGGCCUGUACCGACAUGAUUAUGCCGAUGUGCUCAACCGAUGAAGAUUUAUUUGAAAAUGCAGCAUGGAACUUUACAGAAUAUUCAGAUGAUUGCUAUAAACAAUUUGGAGUGCGGCCUAGAAAUGAGGAAGUGCCAAUUUUGGAAUUUGGAGGAACAGAAAUCGAAACAGCAUCCAAUAUAGUUUUUAGCAACGGUUUAUUAGAUCCGUGGUCGAGUGGUGGGGUUAUUGCAAACGUGUCUGCGCAGGUAUGGAGUAUCCUGAUGCCAAACGGAGCGCAUCAUUCGGAUUUGAGGAGUGCUAAUGAGCUCGAUGCGGAUGAUGUUAAAAGCGCUAGACUUUUCCAUGAGAAACAUAUUCAAAAGUGGCUUGACAAGUUUUAUUUUCGAAACUUGCCACUAGACAUAUAUACUGCACGAUUAAAGUCAAAGUAUAUUUGAAUUUGUUGAUAAGAACAUGAAAAAUAUAAAAACAUUUUAUUAACACGA